AGUGUGUCAGUGUGACGUUGCAGCAGCUUGAUGUUCAGUGAUUCGCCCUCUGAGAGGACAGAUCUGUUAGCUCUUAGCAUUUAGCAUCCAGCUUGUAGACAGCAGGCUGAAGGAGUCCAGAAGGAGCCCAGACGUCUGAGUGAGGUACUGUGUGUGUGUGUGUGUCUCUGUGUGUGUUUGUGUAUGUGUCUGUGUUAUGAAUGAACUAAUCUGUGUGUGUUAGCAGAGUUGAACUUUGGCCAUGAAGACUCUUGUUUAAUUACCUGUCGCAGGUGUUCAUGUAACUCUCACCCCGUGGACACGUGACUGGACCUAACGUUAGUUUGAUUGAUGACAUUGUCAUUUAUAGAUAUGAAGUGUGUGUGCGCGCGGGCACGCAUUCGUGUGUGUUAGCUGUCAUGUUUCAGUUCAUUCAUUGUGUUAAUACAGACUGAACCCUGAGCUCUAACACACACACACACACACACACACACACACACACACACAUAACAGAAGGCAUAGUAUGUACACUGUGUUUGUGUCAGUGAGGUCAGUCUGCCCUCUUCCAACUUGACACAGUUAUACAAUUUUUAUUUUUGUCACACUUUAAACCACAGUAAAUCUCGACAACUUGUUGAAUAACACACACUCUGUGACCGAGUUUGAGCAAGUGAGAGUCUAACACCCCUGUCACCCUUGAUAAAUUAUCUGCCUGUGUUUAACUUAACCUGUGCAAACUCACCUCACUGAGUGACAUCUACCUGUAUGUCUAGACAAGUUUCUGUUUGCAGUCUGAGUGGUAUCGACAAUCAGGUCUCAGACUUCGAGGUUUGCAGGAAAAACAGUUUUAUAUGGAGAGCAAAAGUAGGCAGAACACAUUCCAUUGUAAAGACAUCUUGGUCACAUGUCAGCUGUAAUCUGACAAAAAUUAAAUCCUCUUUAUAGACAGAUAUCUUCAUUAAUGCAGGAUAAAAUCCUAGCAGCUGAACUCUGUCUGCACUAACUGUGGUCUGUCCAGGAAGUUUGAUGUAGACGUGUUAAAAAAAACUGUUACAGUAUUCAGCCGUAAUUCAAUAAAAGCUUGUCAAAUCAUCUUUGUGUCUUCAAAAAAACAACAAAAAAUCAUAUGUAUGAGAUGUUUUACAACUGGCUUAAUCUGUCCAGAUAUAAAGAGUUUAAGUUGAAGUGGAACUGACUGAAGGAAGAAAGUUUAUUCAUACAUCAUGUCUACAGUCAUGUAUUCUACUUAAAGACCCAGGCUAAAUGGCUUUGAUGGGCAGGUACAGGUGUGUAUCAUCAUCAAAAGUAAGAGAAGACAUCAUGUUUUUGUAUAAUGUGGCCCAGGGGGAGCACAUACAAGAAAAAUAAAAUCAAACCCAAAACUGACACCUGGAGCACACCAUACUCCGUUUGAGGAAUAUGAAGAUGUGGUUAUUUAUAGCAACACAAACCCUCUGUUUACAAAAGAAGAUACAAACCAGUCUAAAGCUGUGCCAUAAGUCCCCACCAGUUUUGCAGUCUGUCUAAAUGAGUGCUGUGAUCAAAAUCAUGUCUUAUUUGAGUCAGCCUUUUUACCUGUUUCCUCCUUGUAUCUUUGUAUGUGGAUGUGUAUGGGUGUAGAUGCCAGGUGCUGGUCCAUGGGUGUGAGCAGACUCGAUAUUUUCUACAGACGGCUGCUCCUCACCAAACUCUUCAUCGGGGGAUGGGGGAAGCCUGAAGACCUGAAAAGGUUCAAAACCACCAUCAUGCAAUAUGUAACUCACAACAAUAUAACACAAAUGUACACAACAUGUAACAUGCAGAACAACAUUUACAGCAUACAGUAAACCCAACACAACAAGGACAGUUUGGACACCAUGCACGUCACUGUUGGCGUCAUCACUCCUACUAGCUUCUUCAUCAUCAUCAUCAUGAUUGCUGUUGUUUUAAAUAAAUGUAAUCAUCAUCUUUCAUAAUGAAAAUCAACAUCAUUUUCAUCAUUAUUACUAUUAUAAUAUCAUUAAUAUGGUCAUUUUCUAAACAAUCAUUAGUUUUAUCAUUGUGAUCUUAAAUAUCAUGAGCAUCACAAUCAUCAUUGUUGUUAUUCUUAUUACUAUCAUCAUCAUCAUUAUUAAUAUCAUCAGCAUUGUUAACAGCAGCAGUGAUGAUCACCUUUGUCAUCCUGAUUAUUACCAUCAUCCUUUUUAUUAACAUUAUCAUCAUCAUUAACAUCAGGAUGAUUAUCGUUGCUACUAUCAUAAUACUUAUAAUUGUCAUCAACAUUAUGAUAAUCAACAUUAUUGGCAUACUUACCAUAAUUGUUAUUUUUUCAUUAAAGUAAUGUAAUUUUGUCUGUUUGUUUAUUUUUUUAUCAUUAUCUUUAUUAUCACUUUAUAACAUUUGUUAUUCUCAUCACAAUUAUCAGUGUUAUCAUCAGUAUUAUAACCAUCAUUAUCAUCAUGCUCAUCAUCAACUGUAUUGUUACAAUUAUCGUUAAAACAACCAAUCUCUUAAACACUACCAUCAUUGUUCAUAUCAACAUUAUGAUCAGUAUCAUUGUCAUCUUCAUCUUUAUUGCAAUCAUCAUCACCAUCACUAUAACUGUCAGCUGUGAUGGACUGGCAGCCUGUCCAGGGUGUACUUUGCCUCUCUGUCAAUGACUGCUUGGGUGGCCUUUAACCUCCCCAGCCUUCCUGUGAUUCAGAAUGGAAUAAGCAGUUAAAAUAACAGUCAAUUACAUUUAACUAACAGUAAUCUAAUUUUUCUGUUUUUCAGAAUAUUUGAGUUUCGUAAGAUUAUUGGAGACAGAGAGAAGUGCAACUUAUUGGUGCCAGAUGAUUAUCCUGUUUACAUCACCAAGGUUUUUAUCUGUCCUUACUUCACUACUCACUAUGAUUCAGCAUAAACGCUUAAGAAAAACACAUUUAUCUUUGUUCAUUUCUCGGUGUAUGUUUGUGUGCAGACGGAGGAGCACACUGACUGUCAUAUCCAUGAUGGGUUCCUGAUCUCUCCCCUGGAACAUCUGGUUCCUGGAAUCCUGCCAUCUGAGUCUGUUAAAGCCAGGUACACCAGAGUGUGUUAGAAAAAGCACUUAUCCACCAGAGUGUAUCUGAGCCAGGUUCAGAUCCACCAGAGUGUACCAGAGUCAGGACCUCUAAGUGACCUUUCUGUGUUUCCUUAGUUAGUUUCCUUGAUACAUCAGUCCAUGUAAAAACACCCUAUGACUCAUCUGUGACCUGUCUGUGACUCGUCAUUGUGUUUGUUGUGGAUGUUUCAGAUUCCAGUUCAUUGUUCCUAAGAGGUGGAAGAAAAACAGACCAGUAUGUAUCCAGCUGGCGGGGACCGGAGACCAUGUAAGACACCUUGACCUGAACCUGACCUGCCGUAAUGAUGAUUGUAAUGUCAACUCAAGCCUCAGCCCCGACCUUCUCUGACUCUGUGUUUGUAGUUUUUCUGGCGGAGGAGGACCCUGAUGGCUCGGCCGAUGAUAAAGGAAGCAGGAAUGGCCUCACUGCUUCUGGAGAAUCCUUAUUAUAUCCUUUAAAACCAUGUCUGGAACAAUUUAGGGUUCAGACUCUCUGCAGGUUAUCUAGUGGUCGCUUUUUUGUACCUGACUACAACAACAACAAAACAGAUCAACAAAAACAAGAUAAGAUCAGGAUCUUCAUCAGUCUCAUUGUCUCUUAAACUACUGUUUGUCUCUUAACAAGCCUUCACAUGGAUACAGGAAACCCAAAGACCAGCGGUGAGUUCACCUUCCUCCACACCUAUUCCCUGAUCAAAUACUUGAUCAUCAGUUUUGGGUCUGUUUUUGUGUGUGAUUCUUCAGGAGGUCCUGUCUAAAGAACGUGUCGGACCUGUUUGUGAUGGGGGGCGCUCUCAUUCUUGAGUCAACUGUGCUGCUGCGCUGGCUGCAGAGAGAAGGAUACUGGCCUCUGGGAAUGACUGGGAUCUCCAUGGGAGGAUAUGUAAGUCCUUAUUUAAUGACAAUUUAUAUAACACACCUUUUUAGCGCGAUUUUAGCCUUUUUACUGACAGGACUUGACUGACUUGACUUAGGUCGCAACGCGGCGAGAUUGAACAUGGUUGCGCCAAACGUCACAAUCCUUCAUCAGUGAAGCUAGCUCGCUGGCACUCUUCGCUCCAGUAUCCUUCUUUAGGGUAUCCACAUACGAUGUUCGUGGCCUCCCUCUAUUUCUGUGGCCGUGUUUUGGCUCCCAUAGCAAGACUUUCUGGGUGCUCAGCUCAGGGUGGCGGUGACAGUGUCCUGCAAGCUGGAGUCUCUUGGCUGCUAUCUUGUCAGCGACUGCGGGCAGUUCGCCGUAAAGCACUUCGUUGGUUGUGUGAGAGCUCCAGUGUACAUUUAGGACCCUGCGUAGCAUGCGUGUGUGACAGGACAGGGUGAAAUAUCUGGAGUCAGUGAGAGCGGGGAGAGGACAUGCAGCACAUGGUUGGGGCCGAACUCUAGCCUGUGACCACUGUUCCCCAUGUAUGGGGUGCGCUAACCCGCCCGGCCAUCUGCGCGCCCCCUAUAUAACACACUUACAUGUUUUUGGGCAAUUUGAUCCUUAAUGGAGAGCACCAGAUCUCAGAUAUUUAACUUCUUUAAGUCAAUAUUUUCUGUUCUUUUUAAUCAGCCUGACAUCAUUUUAUAAGUCAGUUUCAUCUCCAGUCCUUCAGUCGAUCACAUGUAUUGAUCACGAGUCAGGUAAACGAUAAUGCAUAGUUGGUGGUGGUUAUGUAAAAGGGAAUUCAGACAGGGUGAGCUAAGAUGCGUGAUCCCAGAGGGGAAAUACGGUUGGUGCAUUAACACAGAGAUAGCCAGCAAAUAAGAACUGCGUAUGUGUUGGAGUACAUCAGGUUGUCCUUAGGGCUGCUAUUGCUAUUCAGAGUUUAUAACCAUUGUCAGAGGUUUCAACCAAUCAGAAUCAAGUAUUUAACACAGGCAGGUGAUGAGUGAAGAAGCCAGUAAUAAUGUAACAUGUCCUAUAUCAGACUGACUUUCAGCCAUUCACAUGUUCUGAUCAUGUGUGUGCAGAUGGCGUCUCUAGCAGUGACUAACUGGCCAAAGCCGAUCCCUCUGGUUCCCUGUCUGUCCUGGUCCACCGCCUCCAGCGUCUUCACCACGGUAACACACUCUCAUGGUUGAUGAGGUCACUUCCUGUUGCUGAUGCAAAGCAGAAGUUAAUUUCCUAAACACACAGCUGCUUAAAAUUGAUCUCUUUUCUGAUUGGCUGAAGGAUCUGUAACCAGAGCCUGGUUUGAGGAUGGAUGAUGAGGCAGAAAAGCUAUUGUUUAACCCUUGACUGGUCCCUGUAAACAGUAAAUUAAUAAACAUGAAUAAAUAUGAUGUAAAACUGAAUUAUUAACUCGAUACUCACACAGAGAAAAGAGGUCAUUAUGUUUGUAUGUUUUCAGGUCAGCCACUUUAAAUGAAAACUCUGAGUCUGUGUGUUUCAGGGCGUGCUCAGUAGAGCGGUGAACUGGACAGAGCUGGAGAAGCAGUAUGCUGUAAACUCUGUGUAUGAAGAAGAGAUUAUUAACCUGCUGGAAUACUGCGGGGUGAGUUCAUCAUCAACUUUAUCAUCUUCAUCACUAAGUCUGACCUUUCAGGAGGAUUUUUAUCACAGUAGAUUCAUCGUGGGGCUAUUGAUUAUUUGGAUCAAUCAGAUUAAUUGAAGCUAGUCUGUCACUGUGUGUGCGUGUGCUGUCUUUUAGGCUGACUCCUUUAAGAUGGGACAGGACUUUAUGAAGGAUCCAGGAUCUUUGGAGGGUCUGCUGGGUCUGUCUGAGGAUAGAACCUCAGUGGGGCAGAGAACUGGACGAGGCCUGCUGAUUGGCGAAGACCAGGUGGACCAGUUCCUGUCCACAGUCGGCAGCAGUGGGACCACAGUAGACUCAGUGCAGAAGUAAUCAAGAUGAGUUUUUAUCAACAUUAGUAAAGUUAGUUUGGUUUAUAAGAGCACAGUUUCAAGUAUUGUUUUAUGAAAAAUAUGUUUGUUUCACAUUUGACACCAGCAAAAGGUUUCAGAAAAGUUUGAACAAGAACAAUGAAACAGAUAAAAAAGUGUUUAAUAUGAAAAUAUCUCUAGAGGAACACCCCCAACUAAUGAGGUUAAAUUCCAACAGGUAAGUAACAUGACUUGUUAUAAAAAGAACAAUCAGAGAGGCUGAGGCUCUCAGACAGAAAGAUGAAAAGAGGUUCACCACUCUGUGAGAGACUGUGAGAGCAAAUAGUUCAACAGUUUCAGAAUAAAUUCACAGAAUGAGUGGAUUUUAUCAUGUACAGAACAUAAUAUCAUUAAAGAGUCAGAGAAUAUGACUCAAUUAAGGCAACACUCAAUUAAAACAGAUAGGACUCUGUAGUGGAAAUUACUGCAUGAACCCAACAUCACUUGCAAAAACUAUUAUCUGUGAACUUAGUUUAAUAAUAAUCAUUAUCAUCAUAAUAAAAAUAGAAACAUAAUUUACAAAGUGCCUUUCAAAACAGGAGCUACACAAUCAGACGUUAAAAUACAAGAAGUAAAAGCAAUUAAAAUGUCGAAAUAACCACAGUGCAGAAAAAAUGAAAUAGUACAGCAGAUAGGAAAAGGCCAUUCAAUAAAAGAAAGCUUUUUGUGCAGAUUAAAAGGAGGAUACAGGGUCAGAUAAUCUGAGCUUGUCCAGUGAAAGCUUGUUCACCUCUAGAUUCCAGCUGAGGUACAGGAACAAUCAGAAAAUUCCUACCAGACGGUCCUUAACAGUGAUCUUGUAGAUAAAAAUUUACAAGAUCACAAAUGUAGGGUGGUUCCUUGCCUUCUAGCCCUCUAAAAACAAGCAAUAAGAGUUUGAAAUCCACUGUUAAACUAACUGGUAACUAGUAGAGAUCGGCAAGAAUGUGAUUUAUGUGUUUACUUCUUUUGGAACAAAUUGAAAGCAGCAUUAACUGAUGUGUAUGACUGUUCCCUUAAAAAAAUCAAACCUGGGCCACUUGAACUAGGUUGUCAGUCCCCCGAGUUUUUCAGUUUUAAAACUUUAUAUGUUGGCUUUGUACUAUUUCUAACUAAUGUAGGGUUUUGUGAGUUAGAUAUCACUAUGUAAGUUAGAUAUCACACCACUGAAUCUGUUAUUUUAGGUAGUUUUAUUCUACAAACUUGUUCUAUUUUUUUUUCAGAGGUAUUCAUGCCAACUCUCUGCAAGGGAAGAAGGCAGAAUCAGACAAAUGCUGUCGCCCAUCUUUACACAGAGAGUCUAUCAGCUUCAUGAAGGGAGUGAUGGACGAGUGCACACACAUGGCCAACUUCUCCGGUAAUGAAACUCAUAAGGCUGACACUAUGAAUGAUCUGCUCCUGACAGGAAGGACCAAUAACUCCCCCCCUCCUUUCAAAAUGAUAAAGUGUGACAUGUUUCAGUUUCAGUUUAUUUCGAUCCACCAUUAGUUACAGCAAAGAGCCACAACUAUUCUUCCUGGGGUCCAUGUUCAGUGUUCAGACACAGAGCUGUUUGGAGUCUUUGCAUUGAAGCACAUUGGGCUUCUUAAUGUGUAGCAGACGUUUGUACAUUUUUGUGGUUAUUAAAACUGAAAAUGUUUUUGCUACGAGUGAGUUGCACUGGUGUGCUGAAUGUUCAAGGAAUGUCAUUUGUGCCUUUCAGUCCCAGUGGACACCAGUCUGAUCAUUGUGGUCCAGGCUAAAGAGGACGCCUACAUCCCUCGCACAGGAGUCCUCAGUCUGCAGGAGAUCUGGCCUGGUUGUGAGGUUCGCUACCUGAAUGGAGGACACAUCAGUGCAUACCUGUUCAAACAGAACGUCUUCAGGUAAACCAGGAUGCAGAGGACAUGUGUGUCAGUGUGUGUGUUAAUGUGUGUAUGGUGUUUCUGUUGUAAACAGGAAUUUAUGUGUGUUGUAUUUGCAGACAGGCCAUAUAUGACGCAUUCAACAGAUUCUGCAUGAAGUAUCCCAACCUGCACUAACAUCAGACCUGAACCAGAACCAGAAAGAAGACCAGGACCAGAACCAGGACCUGAACCUACUGCUGUCCAGCGAUCAGAACAUCUGCAGUCCAACAGAAAACAUGUUUUCACUGAAACAUGAAGUUUCUGACUGAACAGGUCAGGUUCUUAUGACUACUACAAAGGGACUGCGUGCGUGCGUGUGUGUGCUUGUGUGUGCUUGUAUCGUACUGGUUUCACUGGUUCAGCAGACUGGAUGUACCCCUCAAUAUGACACUGCUGUCUCAAUUAAAUGUCCUCUAACUGUUGUGCACAAGAAGCUGUCAGAGCACAGAGAGUCUGAUGUUUUCAUACUGAUGACAAAGUAAUGUCAGGAACACACGCAUCAGUAUUAAUGUACAAAUCAAUCAAAACUAUUCCUUCAUUUUUCACUUUCCUACCCAGUUUUUGAUCAUUUUGAUGUUUGUUUGUAGUGGCCCUUUAGUUUUUGAUCAUUUUGAUGUUUGUUUGUAAUGGCCCUUUAGUUUUGGAUCAUUUUGAUGUUUGUUUGUAAUGGCCCUUUAUUUCCUUUACCUUGAGCAACGGCUAAAAAUCAGUCUUUGAAGAACCAUCUAUGAAAAACAGAGCAAAGCCUCUAACUAUUGGGGAAAAGACUCACUGUUUAUUUUGCUGUAUCACAUCAUGCAGACACAACAGCUCAGAUGAACAGGGAUCCAGGCUGCACACCUGUGGUACUUAUACCCACCCUUCACAGGAUAAACUAAUUAUACUUUCUAAAGGCGUUAAGGGGAAACAAUAACGAUUGAUUUGUUUGGCCAGUUUGAGUUUGUAGUGUUCAAAAUCCAGGUGUCUGUUACAACAGUAACCACAGGUAUCGUCCAGGCAACCUGGGCUGAAGGUCACAAACCCACAGGUGUAUGAGCACACUCAGACUGACUCCCUCCAGUCUGACAGUUUAGUCUGUGCUAAUGUAGGUAUUUAAUCUGGCUCUACAGUCCAUCAAGUUUUAACAUUUAUUUGCAACAGUCACAUGCAAAAGUGCCUUUGGAAGCAAUUAGACAGACUUGCAACCAAUCAGAUUAAUGCAGCAUGUGAUGUAGCUCAUAGCAACAGCAAUGUAAACAGACAGCAUCAUGCAGAGGAAAGAAACACAACCCUCUUGCCAAUGACCGCUGUGUGAAUCAUCUAGUUCAUUUAAAACGGCAGAUCCAACGGGUCUUCAAGCAGCAGAAGCUGCCAUCCUGAUUGUUUACGAUUGUGCUGAAGCAGCACAUCAUCAUCUUGUAGAGCCCGCUUCAUUUCAUCAUGAAGGAGUGUGAUUGGUGUAAGAAAUCUUUAGAAAUGCAGCAGUUCCAAACCCACUAGCACAUAUCUAAUAAUGUCAGGCUUCUGCACAUUUGCUGCCCUUGUCAGCACCUUUCAGAUCGAGACUUCCCUUAGACCUCCCAAAACUACAAACAUGGUUCAUUUUAAAGGUACAGUGUGCAGUGUGUAAAUAUUUAUUGAUAUCUAGCGGUUGAAUUCUGAUUCAAAAUUCUCCUCUGCUUUCACCUCCUGUUGAUGAGGCAACAGUGGAGUUGAGGACAAGAAGUUUUUGAUACAUCAGUAUGAUACUACAUUUUUUACCAUCAGAAACGCCCAGCAAUACAAUUUUUUUGUGCACAUUACCUUUUUUUGUUUUCCAAAUAGUGCAUUUUGUGCUGCCAUUCUCCAAAUACUAAAAUGUGUCUGACCUGAGCUACUGUAGAAACAUGGUGGCACUAGAUGGCAGCCUCCAUGGAAGGGACCUGCUCUGAGGUAGAUUUAAAAAGGGCUUAUUCUAAGUCAAAAACAAGUCCAGGCUGCUUUAAACACACCUAUGAAUUUGACCAUUAUAUUCUAUUUCUACACAGUCUUUACUGAUAAAUGCCCCUAAAUAUGUCACACUGCACUUUUAAAUUGGUUUAUGACCACAUAACUAUUCCACCCUGACAGCCAAUGAGAGAGGAGUGGUGAAAAGAGGCAGAGCUGCUGACUGUGUUUACUAAUAAGGCUAACAUUAGCUAGCACGCCAAAUGACAUUAAAACAAGAGAUCAUAUUAAAUCACAUGGUGUCACAGGAGGUCACAUGACUCUGUCUGCCUCCUCUGUCAGUUUUCAGAUUGUGUUGAUCUUGGUUUUGUCAGACAGACCCCUUGACGAAACAUUAUUUCAGUGUUUGUUUAUAUUUGUGUUUUAAAGUGCUCUGACCCCACUUUUCUCUUUGAUGUGCCAUUCUGUUGUUGUCGUUGUUUUGUUGUUGUUUUGUUGGUCUGUUUUUUCCAUGGUAACACAUUGUCCUGUUUGUAUGAACUACAGCUAAACGCUGUCUUUUUUAAAAAAAAUCUCUACAUUUGUACGAUUUAUAAAUGAAAUGUCAGAUUGAAUAAUUCCUGAUAGAUUUGAUAAUCUGCUCAAAGUUUGAUUUCAAGGUUUAAAAAAAUUUAUUUUAAAAUGAGGAACUCUGGUUUUUAUAAAAGUUAAACUGCACUAUUAAGUCAACAAAACCCUCACUCUGAAAUAGACAGUAAUUCACCUCUGUUUUUGUUUUAAGAUAAUGAACCAACACAACCCUGAUGAUCACUGAACGUUUCCUCUGUGCCAAAAAAUAAAAAAACUUAAACUCAUCAA